AGCAACCUCGUCCCCAAACAAGCAACCACCGCCUCCCCGAUCUCGUCGAGAGGAAGCCCAAUCCCGAAACCGCCGCCCUAUUCCAAUGGCGCCCAAGGCCGAGAAGAAGCCCGCCGCCAAGAAGCCUGCGGAGGAGGAGCCGGCGGCGGAGAAGGCCACGGCGGGGAAGAAGCCCAAGGCUGAGAAGCGGCUCCCCGCGGGCAAGUCCGCAGGCAAGGAGGGUGGCGAGAAGAAGGGGAAGAAGAAGGCAAAGAAGUCGGUGGAGACGUACAAGAUCUACAUCUUCAAGGUGCUGAAGCAGGUGCACCCGGACAUUGGCAUCUCGUCCAAGGCCAUGUCCAUCAUGAACUCCUUCAUCAACGACAUCUUCGAGAAGCUGGCGGCGGAGGCGGCCAAGCUGGCGCGGUACAACAAGAAGCCUACCAUUACGUCCCGCGAGAUCCAGACCUCCGUUCGCCUCGUCCUCCCCGGCGAGCUCGCCAAGCACGCCGUCUCCGAGGGCACCAAAGCCGUCACCAAGUUCACCAGCUCCUAGGCGAGCGAUGCGACGUGCACUCGUCUCCUCUUCUUGCAGGAGUACAAUAGUAGUACGGUUAGGUGUGUUGCCGCGGUGGUAGUUGCCGCUGCGUUUGCUUUCUGGGCUCGGUUGAUGUCUUUUAUGUAAGAAAGUAACUGUAUUGUGUCUGCAGUACCUUACCGUGCAUGUUUUAAGUAGCAUCCCAUAAUCUAUAAGGCCCCGUUUGUUUCGUU